AGUAAUUACUAGUCCCCACCCCACCACUACAAAAAGAUAAGGUGCGAACCGAUUAAGAGAUCACUCAGAAGCACAUUAUGGCUAACCCUUUUAACUACGACCACUACUGCUUUUCUUGCACGGUCUUAUCACUGCUCAUUUCGCUGCAUGCGGCGGCUACCAUUGCGAGCCAAGUGCAGGCGAAUAGCGCAACAACUCCACCUCUUCCCAUCCUUCCGCUGCCUUCCUAUUCUCAACUGAAAUGGCAGCAGAGAGAAAUCAUCAUGUUUUUCCACUUUGGAGUCAACACAUUCACGGACUCCGAGUGGGGCACCGGGCAAGAAAACCCGGCCAUCUUCAAUCCAACAGUCCUAGACGCCGCCCAGUGGGUUGAUACGGCCGUUCAAGCUGGCGUUUCUCUGGUCAUACUUACUGCUAAACAUCACGAUGGCUUUUGCUUAUGGCCCUCUAAAUACACCGAUCAUUCCGUCAUCAGCAGCCCUUGGCGAAAUGGCAAGGGGGACGUCGUUCAAGAGCUUGUCAAUGCAGCCAACCCUCGCGGGGUGGACGUCGGAUUGUACCUUUCUCCGUGGGAUCGUCAUGAUCCAAGAUACGGCAAGAAUAAGGAGUACAACGAAUACUACCUGGCUCAGCUACAAGAAUUACUACGCAAAUACGGAAGUGUGAAGGAAAUAUGGUUUGACGGAGCCAAGGGUUCCAAUGCACCAAACAUGACGUAUGAUUUCGGCGACUGGUUUUCAUUGGUGAGGGAACUGCAGAGCUCCAUCAACAUAUUCUCGGAUGCUGGUCCGGACGUCAGGUGGGUCGGAAAUGAGCAAGGGUUCGCCGGAAGCACAUGCUGGUCCACCAUUAAUCGAACUGCCUUAUCAAUUGGCAAUGCUAGUAUCGUCGGUUAUCUCAACACCGGCGAUCCCAAAGGCACCGACUGGCUACCUCCCGAGUGCGACGUCUCAAUUCGAACCGGGUGGUUUUGGCAUAAAUCCCAAUCCCCCAAGCCACUCCACCAACUCCUUCAAAUUUACUACAAUUCCGUCGGAAGAAAUUGCGUCUUACUCCUUAACGUGCCCCCUAAUCCCACAGGCCUCAUUUCCGAAAGCGACAUCCUGAGGCUCAGAGAAUUUAGAGAAGCAGUUGACACCGUAUUCUCCUCCAAUCUGGCUGAAAAUUGUUCCGUUACUGCCAGCAGCCAACGAGGAGGUAAAGGAGGCGGUUUUGGCCCAGAAAACGUCGUGGACGGGGACCACCUGUGGACGUACUGGGCCCCCAGUGACGACGACGACGACAAAGAACAUCACUGGAUAGAAUUCAGAGCCUCCGACGGACCGCUGAGAUUCAAUGUGGUUAGGAUUCAGGAAGCGAUCGGGUUGGGGCAGAGGAUCCGACAGCACGAAGUGUACGCGGAUGGGAAGAGGAUUGCCAGCGGAACGACGGUGGGCCACAAGAGGCUGCACAGGCUGGAAAAGGGUGUGGUGCACGCUCUCAGCGUAAAGAUAAAAAUCACGGGAUCACGGGCAACACCCUUGCUAUCCUCUGUGGGUCUGCAUUUCGAUCCCUUUUGGCACCCAAAUCCAAAUGGCAAGCCUCCAUCCAAAUUCGUCCAUUAGUAAGAAAAAGAUAUGUCGUCUGUGCGAAGAGGCCGCUGAAACCUCUGUUUUAACUGCGGGCGGACCUUAUGAUGGGUGGAUGGAUGGAUGCAUCCAUUAUCUC